UGCCUUCUUCACACUUUGUAUUUGUCGGCUCGGUAAUUUUGUCUGUGUGUGUAUUCUACAAUAUUCUUGGAUCAUUUUUGUUGUUGAUUCUUUUGUUUUGUUUAAAAUUUUAAAAACAAAGUUUAUUAUUUUCGAAUCAAUCAGUUGAUUUCUCAAUAAAAAAUGUCCUUUCAACGGCCAUACGGCAAUUAUCCACCACCACCGUCAAAUUAUCAUCAUCAAGGACCACCUGGUAUCCCACCGCAUCAACAACCACCUUCAAAUCAAUAUGUGGGGAAUUCCGGUAAUUUAAGUGGUGGUCAAACUCAACAUCAACCACCUCCACAAUAUAAUCGUAACGUUUGGAACCAUCCACCUGGUAUGGCAGCACAUCCUUCUCCAGGACCUCCUCCCCUUCCCCCUCAUCAUGGACAACAACAUUCACAAUCAAACAUUAGUCCAUGGAUUAAUCAGAACAUGCCACCGCAUAUGAAUGGGCUGCAGUUUCGUGGAUACCAACAAUCACCGGCACAACAAUAUCCAAUGGAUCAUAAUCAGUUAAAACAUGUGCCAAACAUGCGAAUGAGUCAAGGAAAUAAACGUCAUGCUGAUUGGAAUUCGAAUACACAACAAAAUCAUCAUCAGAAUAAUAAACGUAAUCGUCCGAGUAAUGUCAACAAUACACCAAACAAGAAUAAUGUUCAAAAUAAUAAUAAUAAUAAUAAUAAUAAACAACAAACUCCAGGCAAACAAAAUAAUUCAAUCAAUAAUCAAAAUACCAGCAAGAAUAAUCAACAGCAACAAAAUAAUCGUAAUAAACAAUGGGUGAAUUAUAAUAGCCCAAAAAAUCGUUAUAGCUUUAAUAAUAAAAAGCGUAUGAGUAAUAACGCAAAAUCGAAUCAGAAGCAGCCUAACAAUGCCAAUAAAAAGAAAGAGGUACCUAUAGUCAAUGUCGAUGAUAAUGAACAAAAACAACAGAAUGAUGAUCACAAAGAACAGAUUGAAAAGUAUUUUCAAAAUGUAACCGGAUUAAUUUGCAAUCUUUGUAAUGUAUUUAUCCGAAAUGUUCAAGAUGCAAAUGUACACUGUAGAAAUAAUGUCGAUCAUAAGUCAAAAGUAGAAGCAGAAAUAAAAAAACAACAAGAAGAAGAGCUAAAAAAGAAAGAAGCUGAAGAAAAGAAAAAGAAAGAAGAAGCCGAAGAAAAGAAAAAGAAAGAAGAAUCUGAAGCGAAAACAGAAGCUAGUAAAUCAGAUAAUGCAUCGGAAACACCGACGACAACUGAUACUUCAGAUACUGUAACCGCUAAUAGUGGUGAUCAGAAAACUAUCGAUGCUCAAAACGAGUCAUCAAUGAAUGUGGAAUCAUCUGAAGUGGAACCAGAAAAAGUGACAACUGUUGAAGUAGAUACGACGACUGAUGACAAAUCAGCCGAAACGACAGCCACAUCGACUAAUGAUGAAGAUGAAACGGAAGAAGCCGAAGCAUUAUCGACUACCAUUGUUGAAUCAAAAGCGGAUGAAGAUGCCAUCAUGGCAAAACAGCCUGAAUCACAUCAACAACAAACACAGAUAACACGCGGCGGACGUGGUGGCCGUGGUUAUCGAGCUCGUGGUGGUCGUCGUGGUAGGGGGAGAAGAUGAACAAAUAUCUUACAAUGAAAAUUUAAUCAUGUACCUCAGAU